AUGAAGGGUACACCGGAAACUCCACAGUGCGGUUUCUCUCGAGCUAGCAUACAGAUCCUGGGCCUCCAGGGCGUAGAUCCCAAAAAAUUUGUUGCUUUCAACGUUUUGGGGGAUCCAGAACUGCGUCAGGGUAUCAAAGAAUAUUCCGAUUGGCCGACAAUACCUCAACUUUACUUGGACAAGGAAUUUGUUGGGGGUUGUGAUAUCCUGAUGUCUAUGCAUCAGAAUGGAGAGCUUGCGAAGCUACUUGAAGAGAAAGGCGUUUUAGUGGCAGCGGAUUAG